GACAUGACCGAGAAAGUGAUUGCAUUUUUUUAGAGAUUUAUUUAUUCUUAUAGAUUAUGUGUUUAUUUAUUUUUUGACUGGAAUUUUUUAUUUUAUUUUUUCGCUUUGGAGUUGUGGCUUUGUGAUUGUCUUCGUUUUCGUUUCUUUUUUAUUUUCAGUUCUUUUCAGGUUUCAAUUUUAAACACCAGAGAAAGAAAAAAACCUAAUAACUAUUUUCUCUCCCCUAUAUACUUGUUGAAAAAUUCGCGAGUAUUUGAUUUUCGUUUUCUCCAAAUUGAAGAAUCAACGAUCUUAGCUAAGAUUUUUUCAAUUGCGUCGCGAACAUUUGAAUUCGUUCGUUGCGCGUGUUAUCGAGAAAAUCGAUUUUUAAUUCAGCGAAUUCGUAAUGCGAUUAUGCGCCAAUUCUAGCUUCGAUCUUAACGAAAUUGCUUGAAACUUAGGGUUGAAGGAAUGGAUGUUGAUUCCUCGAUGGUUCAAGCGGCCGAUCACGAUCCUGUUUUGCAGAAGCAGACUACUUCUGCUCCGGCGCCGGUAGUAGUGAAAGAAGAGCAGCUUCCGGAGCCGCCGUCGUCUGGCGGCGGAUCUCCGGCGGAGGUGCAACAGCAGCAGCAGCAGCAAGGGUCUAAUGAUGUGCAGCAGAGUCCAGCGGUUGGGCCAAGGCUAGCGCCGAAUUACACUGUGGUGGAUGCAAUUCUAGAGAAGAAGGAGGAUGGACCAGGGCCGAGGUGUGGACACACGUUGACGGCAGUGGCAGCUGUUGGAGAGGAGGGGACGCCUGGGUAUAUUGGUCCGAGGCUGAUUUUGUUCGGCGGUGCUACUGCCCUUGAAGGAAAUUCUGCGGCUUCAGGGACUCCCUCGUCAGCUGGAAAUGCUGGAAUACGUUUAGCUGGUGCUACAGCUGAUGUCCACUGUUAUGAUGUCUUGACUAAUAAAUGGUCUAGGCUAACUCCCUUUGGAGAACCUCCAACGCCAAGGGCUGCCCAUGUGGCAACUGCCGUGGGAACCAUGGUGGUAAUUCAGGGUGGCAUUGGUCCUGCUGGUUUGUCGGCAGAAGACCUUCAUGUUCUUGAUCUCACUCAGCAAUGGCCCCGAUGGCAUAGAGUGUCUGUUCAAGGCCCUGGACCUGGAUCUCGUUAUGGACAUGUAAUGGCUUUGGUGGGCCAGAGGUAUCUUAUGGCAAUUGGAGGCAAUGAUGGAAAGAGACCUUUGGCUGAUGUAUGGGCCUUGGACACAGCUGCCAAGCCAUAUGAAUGGCGGAAGUUAGAGCCUGAAGGAGAGGGCCCACCUCCAUGCAUGUAUGCAACUGCAAGUGCGCGCUCUGAUGGGCUUCUUCUGCUUUGUGGAGGAAGGGAUGCCAAUAGUGUUCCCUUGGCUAGUGCAUAUGGACUUGCUAAGCAUAGAGAUGGUCGUUGGGAAUGGGCAAUUGCUCCUGGUGUCUCACCAUCUCCAAGAUAUCAGCAUGCAGCGGUAUUUGUUAAUGCAAGGCUGCAUGUGUCUGGUGGGGCUCUAGGUGGAGGACGGAUGGUUGAAGAUUCGUCAAGUGUUGCAGUUUUGGACACUGCUGCUGGUGUUUGGUGUGAUACAAAAUCUGUUGUUACCACUCCAAGAACUGGUAGAUACAGUGCUGAUGCAGCUGGUGGAGACGCAGCAGUUGAGUUGACUCGACGUUGUAGGCAUGCAGCUGCUGCUGUUGGUGACCUGAUUUUUAUUUACGGUGGUUUAAGAGGGGGAGUCUUGCUAGAUGACCUACUUGUUGCCGAAGAUCUGGCUGCUGCUGAAACAACAUCUGCUGCUUCACAUGCUGCUGCUGCAGCAGCUUCAUCUAAUGUACAAACAGGACGCUUGCCUGGACGAUAUGGAUUUGAUGAUAGGCCCAGGCAAACAAUGACUGAAGUGGCUGCUGAUGGUUCUGUUGUAUUGGGAAAUCCAGUUGCACCCCCAAUGAAUGGUGACAUUUAUACUGACAUCAGCACUGAAAAUGCUAUACUUCAGGGAUCUCGAACUGCCAAAGGAGUUGAGUAUCUGGUUGAAGCAUCUGCUGCAGAAGCCGAAGCUAUUAGUGCUGCACUGGCUGCUGCCAAGGCACGGCAAGAAAAUGGAGAAGUGGAAUUACCUGACAGAGACCGUGGGGCUGAGGCUACCCCAAGUGGGAAACACACAUCUUCCCUGAUUAAGCCUGAUUCUGUAGGGUCAAAUAACAAUGUUUCUGGUGGAGUUCGGCUGCAUCAUAGAGCUGUAGUUGUUGCUGCAGAGACUGGUGGAGCAUUAGGUGGCAUGGUUAGACAGCUUUCAAUUGAUCAAUUUGAAAAUGAAGGCAGACGGGUCAGUUAUGGCACUCCAGAAAAUGCAACUGCUGCUAGAAAGUUAUUAGAUCGGCAGAUGUCCAUCAAUAGUGUGCCAAAAAAGGUCAUAGCACACCUUUUAAAGCCUCGUGGAUGGAAACCACCAGUGCGCCGGCAAUUUUUCUUAGAUUGUAAUGAAAUUGCUGAUCUUUGUGAUAGUGCUGAGCGGAUAUUUUCAAGUGAACCAAGUGUCUUACAACUAAGUGCACCAAUUAAAAUAUUUGGUGAUUUACAUGGGCAGUUUGGGGAUCUCAUGCGCCUUUUUGACGAGUAUGGUGCACCAUCGACUGCUGGUGACAUUGCAUAUAUCGAUUAUCUAUUCCUAGGAGAUUAUGUCGACCGAGGACAGCACAGCUUGGAAACUAUAACCCUUCUUCUUGCCCUGAAGGUUGAAUAUCCCAACAAUGUACAUUUAAUACGUGGAAACCAUGAAGCUGCAGAUAUUAAUGCCCUUUUUGGUUUUCGAAUUGAAUGCAUCGAGAGGAUGGGCGAGAGAGAUGGAAUUUGGACGUGGCAUCGGAUUAACAGGCUAUUUAAUUGGCUUCCUUUAGCUGCUUUAAUUGAGAAGAAGAUUAUUUGCAUGCAUGGAGGUAUUGGUCGUUCAAUAAAUCAUGUAGAACAAAUUGAGAAUAUUCAGCGACCAAUUCCAAUGGAAGCAGGGUCAAUUGUGCUUAUGGAUCUGUUAUGGUCUGAUCCUACAGAGAAUGACAGUGUGGAAGGACUGCGGCCAAAUGCUAGAGGUCCUGGACUAGUUACUUUUGGGCCUGAUCGAGUCAUGGAAUUUUGCAACAACAAUGAUCUUCAGCUAAUUGUCCGUGCACAUGAAUGCGUGAUGGAUGGGUUUGAGCGUUUUGCCCAGGGACAUCUGAUCACACUUUUCUCUGCUACAAAUUAUUGUGGUACUGCAAAUAAUGCAGGAGCAAUAUUAGUUUUGGGUAGAGACCUUGUUGUGGUUCCUAAACUGAUUCAUCCAUUACCGCCCGCAAUAUCUUCACCAGAAACAUCACCAGAACGGCAUAUUGAAGAUACAUGGAUGCAGGAGUUGAAUGCCAACAGACCACCAACACCAACUAGAGGCCGUCCCCCAGUUACCAAUGACCGAGGUUCACUCGCUUGGAUAUAGUGAUUACCACUGAGAAUGUCCCUAAUAUUCACACUUAACUGGCUCGUGCUAUCGCUUUGUCUGUGUUCUGUAUAUAGCAUGAUGCCAUUACAGGAGUCUCCGAACCUGUGAUCUUAAUUCCUGCAGAAAGCUUGCUUUCUUACUUCUGGUUCUCACCCCUCCAUCAGCAGGCCUUGAUAAAGAAAGAUACAAGUUCUAUAUGCAAAGUUGGUUGCCAGUGCUAGGUUUACUUUCUCAAAGGUAGAAGUUGCGGUUCGGGUCCACCCACCCUUUGUAAAUUGAGCAUAGGUUAUGAAGUCAAGGUUGUGUUCUGUAUCAUGAAUUGUCAGUGCUGACUAUUUUUCUCAUUCUUAUACAUUAUUCACUUUUCGCCCUUAGGCUAUUAUUAUUGUUGGGCUUUUUUAUUAAUUAAGAGGAUGAGGGUUUUUACCUAUAAUGGUGAUGAGAUAAAUAUAGGUCCUUGUAUCAUAGUUGAUGUGUAAUUUUCAUCUUUGUACAAUUAAUUUUUGUGUGAAUCGAAGUUUUCUGGUAUAA